GGACGACCAAACAAGUUCAAGAAGGAAGUGUUGUUGUUUAAAUUUAUUACAUCAUUAAGAAGUGAAGUCAUGAUUGUUUUCAAAAUAUGACUUAUUUUGGAUGGAAAAGAAAAAUUGGCACUGCUGUUAAAAAGAAUUGUACUCAAAUAUUUCAAGAUAAAACGGGUGUCAGUGAGAAUGAUUCUGACGACGAAAUGAUUGGAUCUGGAGAAAUCGAUUGGCUUCAGUUGUCGAGGAUAAAAAAGAAAUCGAAAACCAUACAAUUAGAAGACGGCAAUGUUAAAAGUGAGAGACUAAAACAUGAAGGGUCAUUACUUGCUGAAGCUGGGAGGUACUGGGAGGCACUAAGAAAAUGGGAUGAAGCCAUUGAGCUGACACCAACAAAUGCCAUCUUGUAUGAGAUAAAGGCACAGGCACUUAUGGAACUAAAUGAAGUAUUUCCAGCAGUUCAAAUGGCAGAGAAAGCAGUCAUGUUAUCUCCAACUUGGUGGGUAGCAUACCAAACACUUGGCAGAACACAACUGGGAUUGGGUGAAUUGCAAAUGGCUAUUAUUAGUUUUUCAAAAGCCCUGCAUCUAAAUCCAAGUGAAAGAGAAUUAUGGGAGAUGGACUUAAAAUGGGUUUGUGAUUUGCAAAAGACAAAAGAGAGAAAUAACCUAGAUAAUAAAGAGGACCAUAAUGAUGAAGAAGAAAAGGAGACUGUUAUAAUAUCAAAUAAUGCUGUAAAAGCAAGAUGA